UGAACAUUUCUUCAUUAACCAAAUGUUAAAUUUGACGACAACAUUUACACUUUACAUAAGGAAAUACAGCCAUAAUAGUGUAUCUAAUUAUUGAAUGUUUGAUUUAAUCGAAAAAAAGACAUGAAUAUUUUAUUAGAGACUUUAGUUACAUCCGACUGCAAAAUUUAUUCUGUGAUAACUUUUAUGUUAACAAAACACUAGAGGCUUGACACAAGAUAAAAUCAUCUCGUAAGACUAUAUUAUCUCGUUCAGUAGAUCUGUUGCAUACAGUGGAUGGAGAAUAAGGCAGAUUUCACAAUUUCAGCUAGUAUAAGAAAACGAAAAGACAUAAUUUAUUUUAGAAUGGAUAUGAAAAACACAUCUGAGGGAUUUUGUGUAAUUUAGGGACUACAAUGUAUAUGACUUCGCAAAAGGAAACAAUACUGAACUGAAUGGAUUCAUCUAUUAUUACACAAUGGACCAUCACUACUAUAUAAACUUCGUAAAAUCUAAGCAACAACAUCAGUGAUAUAAAACAAUACAUAAUACCUUCAAAAAGACUUAUCAAAAUGGAGCAUGGAGAGGUAAUUGAUUUUGUAUCAACAACUGAGGAAAGGGACCCUCAUCAAUGUUCCAUGACAAUUCUCGCACAGAGCAAUGAUGAAUAUAAUACCCUACAUGGCUCUCUAGGGCCUCUACUGGAAUAUAUGGACCCAGGUCUUCAUUUUAUAAAUGUCAAAUUGAGUAACCCUGACAACAAGAUCCUUUCUGAUACUUUAAUGAAACAGGCACAAGAUCUACCAAAAUGUCAGUCGGGUAAGGUUCUCACACCAGCUUUAUCUGUGCUUCAGUUCUUACACGAAGAAGGAAUGCUUACUUACGAUGAAGCAAAGAUUUUACUCCAGUCAAAGAAAAACUGGAAGUUUCAUCAUAAGAUUGAGUUAGCUGUUAACAGAAAUGGUUUAAAACAAUCAAUGGGUGUCCAGGCAUUUUAUUCGCCUUCUCCAGGUCAACCAUUAUGGGCAGUUAACCCAAUUCACACAGACACAGAGUACAUUCGUUUCCAAUAUUUCACGCGGGAUUUCCCAGCCAUGGUUGAUUUCUAUAGAUUGAUUCUAGGCAGUGAAGUUGAGAUCUCCAAGCCAGGAUUCUGCGCUUUCUCUAUUUACACAAAGCCAGGGUUUGAGGUUCAGCUUGCCUUGAAGGCCUCGACCUCUCUAGUGCCUUUUCCAGUUCGGACAGCCAGCCUUAGGUUUAAAAUUGCCAACUUAGAUGAUAUUGUUCCCAUUCUUGGGUGUCACCCUGUAGAGGUUACAGCAACUGAGUACUGCAUUCAAGAUCCCGAUGGCAACUGGGUGAUCCUUGAGGAAAUCCAACAGGUUGAUGAUAAUACUGAUAUCAACUCUGUUGGGGCCACAGAGACUGACUCCUGUGAUGCAUCUUUGCCAGAGGAAAUCUCAGCAAUGCCACUAAGAAAACAACAUUUGCCAACAGUUAAGCCUGUGUCCAUGCUCAGCACAGUAGGGGAAGUUGGAUCAUGUGAGAGUCUGGAUACAUUGAUGAAGUUUACCUUGAACACUAGUGAUUGCGAUGACAGUGAGUCUGAUUAUUUUGAAUGCCAACAAGAAAGAAUGAGCCAACCAGUUUUGAACAUAUCCAAUACAUUGGUAAAUAAACAGGUUGAAUCAGCAGAUUCAGGAGUUGACUGCUCUUCUCAUUUAAGUAGUUUCAAUAGUUCAGGAACCCUUGAGACUUUUUCCCCAAUAUCCCCUCCUUUACAUAGAUCUCAACAACAGACUAUCCCAGAGUGCCACUCGGAUGAGUCCUCACAAGAGGAACACUCCCAGAAUUUCCAAAACAAUACAAUACGAAGGCAAAGUUACAUUUCUCCUAAAGAGUUGACUCAAAGUUUGAAUAUUCCAAGGAGGCCUUCACUGUCAACAUCAGAUGAAAAUAGACGAAUUUGUACAAAGGUUCCACAAAGACCAAUGAGAGCUCGACAUCACAGUGAUGUUGAACAAUGUGAUUACAGUGUAAAAAAUAACAGAGCCAUCGAGCAACAGUUUUAUCCUGGUGUUAAUGCUCAGCAUUCCAAGCCCAUGAGAAGACAAAGUAUCAAUGAUUUUAUUUCUCAUACUGUCUCAAUGGCUAAAUACUCUGAUACUAAUACAACUGGAAGAAUAAACAAUGACAGGUUGAAAACGACACCUGGAAACAGACAACAUUACAAUUCUCUUGAGUAUGCCCCACAAAAUGACAGGUGUUUGGAACAAUAUAGACAGUAUCCAACUGAGGUUAUGGCCCAACAUAUCAACUCUCAAAGAAGACAAAGUGUUGAUGAUUUUGUUUCACAUACAGUUUCAAUGGCUAAAGGUACUGUGAGACCCCCUAGCUGUAGCAGUGAAUCAGAAGAGAGUGCGAUCUCUGAACCCUCACCGAGAUAUAGUGUAGGAGGGUUAAAUGCUAUUUCCCCUCGGGAACAACGGUCUCUGAUGAACCCCGCACCAUCCGUCCAUGACACACCCCAUAAUAAUAUCACAAGAAGAUACAGUGUUGGGGACUUCAUCACUCAGAUGUCAAAAUCUAAAAAUAAAAUUGGAAAACUAUUCAAUGGUGGUGACCCACAAUUAAAACAACGUCGUUCCUCAACUGAUUCAGGGUCCACACAUUCUGGCUCAGGGACUAGUGAUGAAGUCAUGGAAACUAAAGUUAAUAAAAAACAAGUUUGGUUCCAGAAAAGAAGAACAACAAUAGCAGUGGGUAAUAACAGAAGAACAAUUAGUGAUUCUGGAUAUCUCUGAAAUCAUUAAUGAUUUACAUUUAAUAUAGCCUAAUGUAUAAAUGGAUUUAGUGGUUAAAUGCUUUCUACAGAUGUUACAAUUGUAUUCAUUUAUAUAACAAAUCCCCAUAGUACAUACAAAAAAAGUUUGCUGAUCACCUGGGAUAUACCAAGCAAUGGAGCACAUAACUUUACGGCAGGCAGAAUAAUAAUAUAGGGACAGCUAUAUAAAGUUGCAGUUAGGAUGACUUUUUAAGAAUUGAUGGAAAUGUACAAUAUCAUUAUUUGCUUGUUAUUUUUAAGAAGUUCAAGAGUUUUAUUUUUAUUUCAAGAAAAUGCUUUGACUUUCAAGGUUAAUACUGAUGUAAUAGAUCUGUAAUAGGGAACAGAUCUGAAAAUAAGACAUCCACUUUUUAUCAUAUUCUGCAUGUAUCAUACCUUCAAUUUUGUUACAUUAUCAGUGUGUCAUUUAUUACUGUAGAACUUGUGCCUGUGUAGUAUUGAUCGAACCCAUGAAAUGGCUUAAUAAAUAUGUAUAAACUAUGAUCAUUGAUUUAUCUGAAGAAUAUAUUGUUGUUAAACAAUUGCACUAUAUCUGUUAUUGU